UCCAUUCCGGUUUCCUGUCUGCCAGCAGGCAGCCAAAAUGUUGGCCAUCCUAUCUGUGCUGCUUUUAUACCUUUUUAACCCCGUUUUUGGUGUUUGGUAUCAGAAUGUCUACUGCAGCAUAUCAGAAAGCUGUGAGUGCGACUUUAAGCCACAUAUCAGAGAUCUGGAGUGGGACCUUUACAAGAAUGUUUAUGGACAACAUCUGGCUCAGGACAUAGUGUCAGAGGAGGUGGCGAAGUUCCUUCAGAAUAAAAGCCCCGAGCGGCCCCUGGUGCUGUCUUUCCAUGGCUCCUCUGGGACGGGGAAGACCAUGGUCAGCUCCAUGCUGGGAAAUCAUCUGUACAGCUCUGCGAUGAGCAGCCCGUACGUCCAUCAGUUUGUUCCCACGCUGCACUUCCCCUUACCUGACCGAGUCAAGGAAUACAGGGAGGAGUUGAAGAGUUGGGUGCAGGGGAACCUGACGGAGUGUGCUCGCUCCGUCUUCUUUUUUGACGAGAUGGAGAAGAUGCCUCCAGGUCUCAUCGAUGUUUUGGAGCCUUUCCUUGGUCCCUCCCACGUUGUGUUUCGCACGAACUACCGGAAGGCCAUCUACGUCUUCAUCGGGACCAGCGGAGAGGAGGUGAUUAACAGAGUGGCUUUAGAGAACCGGCAGGCGGGGCAGGAGAGGGAGGACAUCCAGCUGGACCACCUGCAGGAAGCCAUCGCACAGGCGGUCUACAACAGCACAACAAGCGGCUUCUUCCAGUCCAGCGUGAUCCAGCAGAAGCUCAUCACCAGCUUCGUCCCCUUCCUGCCGCUGAGCCGACGCCACGUGGAGCGCUGCGUCCGCUCGCAGCUCUGCCAGCGGGGCAGCUGCGGCCGCACGGACGUGGUGGAGGCAGUAGGGGGCGACAUGCUCUACACCCCCGCCCAGGGACAGUACUUCUCCACCACCGGCUGUAAGGCAGUCCCCGCCAAAAUCAACCUCUUUCUGUGAGCCAAGGUGCAAUCUGAUUGUUGAUUUCUAAGGAGCGAAAGGCUUUGAGGUGAGUCAGUGAAGAAGAACAGAGUCUGUCCCUCACAUGGAGGUCAGAGCAGCGUCUCCGGAGCAGCAUCGAGGAGUCCUCCUGCACAGGGGAAUUUAAAUCACAGCUUCCUGUAUUCAAAGCAUGCUAAGGUUCCUAGAAAGCGUCGUUGGUACACGUCAAACUCUGAACAUUAUUCAGUGUCAAAACCAGGAUUUCUGCCACGCUCUACCUCAAACAAUUCCUUUAAUUGAUGAACUCUAAAGGUGGUCCAGGUUUCAGCUGCAGUUGGGUUAACAUCAGUUAUGUCUUAAAGACUAUUUAUUCAGUAUUUAUUUAACUUUUACCAAUGCCCUCCUUUCACUUUUAUACAGAGCACACAUUUCACUCCCACUUCCCCUGCAGGAUCCCCCCACAGCAGCUGGAGACUAAGUGCCUUCUGGGAGUUUUACUAAAAUGGAUCAAAAGGCUCAGAAAACGGUUGUUAAAUUAAAAACUUCUGAAUGUU